AUCUUGUGUGAAUAGGAUACUGAAGUGAGAGGUAUUAAUAUGGUGCCCUCUCCUCAAGAACGUAAGCCAGAAACUGCUAUGGGAACAACAAUGGAUAACAAGGACAGGGUCGUAAUAUCUGGUAUUUCUGGCCUCUAUCCACAAUCGCAUCAUAUCAAAGACCUAGCAGAUAUACUUUAUAAAAAGGAAAAUCCUGUUACGGCAGGAGAGCCCCGAUGGAAAUUCGAUCACCCUGAAGUGCCACCGUUUGUUGGGACUGUUCCUAAGAUUGAUUGUUUCGAUGCUCAAUUUUUUAAAGUCCAUUAUAGGCUCAGUACAAGUAUGGAUCCCAUGGCACGGAAGAUUCUUGAACAAGCUUAUCAAGCUAUUUACGAUUCAGGAGUAAGUCCAGAGCAUCUUUCUGGGAAAAAAAUCGGCGUGUUCAUCGGAUCUUGUUUUUCGGAAACUGAAAAAACUUGUUUCUACGUCACUUCGUCAAGAACUGGUUUUGGUAUAGCUGGGUGUAACAAAUCCAUGUUUGCCAAUCGAGUGUCGUACUGGUUGAAUGCAAAAGGACCAUCCCAAUCAAUAGACGCCGCUUGCUGCAGUUCAACUGUAGCUCUAGAGCAGGCGUACUUGGCUAUGACCCGAGGGGACUGUGAAGCAGCCAUUGUUGGAGGAUCCAAUUUGUGCCUACACCCACAAAGCUCUAUGCAUUAUGGAAGGAUAAUAAGCCUGUGCAAAGAUGGAAAAACAAAAUCGUAUGAUCAGAACGCGGAUGGCUGCGCUAGAUCUGAAGCUGUUAACGUACUAUUUUUACAAAAAGCUAAAGAUGCCUUAAGAAUAUACGCAGAUGUGGUACAUGUUAAAAACAAAUUUCUCGAGAUGGUAGAAACUGAUACAGGCCCUAAGUAUGGCUUUUAUCGAAACCCCGUCAGCAUGUCAGGAUUCCUAAAAGAAUUCUAUGAAGAAGCAAAAGUAUUGCCCAAUGAAGUUGAAUACAUUGAAGGUUUUGGAUCAGGUGAUACAGAAGCUGAUAAGGUAGAAUUGGAGGCUUUAGAUAAAGUCUUCUGUAGGAAUAGAUCUGAACCACUACUAGUUGGUAGCGUUAUGUCUAACUUGGGUUACUGUGAAGCAGCUUCUGGCAUAACUGCAAUUACAAAGGUCCUACUGGGAUAUCAUAAGGGUGAAAUAGCUGGCAAUCUUCACUGCACAACCCCUCGGAAUGAUGUAGAGGCAAUACAAAAUGGACGUAUGCGGAUCUUAAGUGACCACCAACACUUCAAACGCACUUAUGUUGGCGUUAAUGGGAUGUCAGUGUCUGGUAUUAAUUCCCAUGUUCUUUUACAUGGUCAUUUUAAGCCAAAGGAUCCGGCUCGUUAUCAAUGUAGCUUUCCUCGUUUAGUUACAAUUUCUGCAAGACAGGAUGUAGCUGUAAGAAGCAUAAUCGAUGAUUUGAAAUCCCGUCCAAUUGACCCUGAAGAACUAGCAUUGUUACAUAAUAUUCAUUCUUCUAGGAUAAGCGGUCAUGUGGGCAGAGGAUUUGUUAUUCUAGGUACAGAUAAAGACAAUAAAACGAUGAGCCUGUGUGAAAAAGCUAGCUACUGUGAUGCUAGCGACCGACCACUGUGGUUUGUUUACAGCGGAAUGGGCUCACAGUGGACUAGGAUGGGCAAGGCACUGAUGCGCAUACCGAUAUUUAGCGAUGCCAUAGAACGCUGCCGUAAAGUAUUGGAACCAAAAGGCGUUGACAUUAUCCAUAUCAUUACCUCACCCGACAAAACUAUCUACGACAACAUACUGAACUCAUUUGUCGGAAUAGCAGCCAUCCAAAUAGGCUUGACUGAUAUCCUGCAUGAAUUGGGAUUGGUUCCAGAUAAAAUAAUCGGUCACAGCGUGGGUGAACUAGGAUGCGCGUAUGCAGACGGUUGUUUAACGGCUGUUGAAAUGAUCUUGUCGGCGUACUCUCGAGGUCUGAUUUCGGUGCAGACUCCAUUCAUUCGCGGUUCUAUGGCAGCCGUUGGAAUUGGGUUUGACAAAGUCUCAAAGAUGUGUCCACCGGAGAUUGAGGUAGCCUGUCACAAUGGGCCGGACUCCUGCACAAUUUCGGGCCCGGCCGUGGCGAUGAGCGAGUUUGUCGCUCAGUUGACUGCUAAGGGUAUAUUCGCUAAGGAAGUCCCUUGUUCCAACAUUGCGUACCAUUCCCGGUAUAUUGCUGAAGCAGGACCGGCCCUCCGUAAAUAUUUGACUGAAGUCAUCAGCACUCCUAAACUCCGCAGCGCGCGCUGGGUUUCCACUUCAGUGCCUCAAGAAAGGUGGAACGAAGAAGCUGCGAUGUAUUCUUCGGCCGAAUACCAUACUAAUAACCUUCUGAAUCCAGUGCUAUUUGAAGAGACGUCACGACUGAUACCGCAGAACGCAGUACUGGUAGAGGUGGCACCUCAUGGGCUACUUCAAGCUAUUCUCAAGCGGUCCCUGCCAUCGUCUUGUGUUAAUGUGCCGCUUACACGACGUGGUCACUCUGACAAUGCACAAGUUCUCUUGGAAGCCAUUGGCCAGCUGUACAUGGAAGGGUAUUACCCAAAUAUUCGUGUGCUAUAUCCCAAGAUUGACUUUCCUGUGUCUACCGGCACCCCACAUUUAUCGCAUUUAGUAGAGUGGGCCCAUAAUGAAACAUGGUUUUUGCCAUUGUACGUCAGUGUCAGCAGAAAAGAAGCAGCCGCAUGCAAGUUUGUUAUUUCUCUCCAUGACAGAGAAAAUAACUAUUUGCAAGGUCAUGUCAUACAAGGUAAAACCGUGUAUCCGUUCGCGGGCGCUCUGGUAGCGGUAUGGGACACACUGGCGAUGUCCAUGGGCGUGGCUCGUAAGCAGUUAUCAGUGCAGUUUCGAGACGUUCACUUGUUUGCCCAGCCGCUCAUGCACGACUCACGGCAACUGCGCCUCAGCGUCACGUUGCACAGAGGGACAGGAUUGUUCGAGGUGACUGACGAUAGUUCAAAAGUUGCUACUGGCUAUAUUAACAGAGUAUCUAGUAACGUUUCUAGAGGAUUCAACAUUGACGAGAAAACUAAAGAAGUUUUAGAGUUAACGACUGACGAUAUUUACAAGAUAUUGUACGAAAGACACUACAGAUAUGCGGGCGAGUUUCAAAGCAUUUGCAGUACGAACUCUACAUUUACCGAAGGAUACCUAUUCUGGGAAGACAACUGGGUCACCCUCAUAGACGGCAUGCUGCAACUCAAUGUACUCAAGCAAUCUCAUGAAGGCAUCUCUCAACCAGCCUACAUAAGAAAGAUUACCAUUGACAUUAAAAGACACAUGAAUAAGAAAAACAUACAAAUAAACGAUUUAAACGUUAUGAAAACGAAUAUUUGCGCAGUUCAAGACAGCACAAGUUGCGAGGGCAUAUUGCUAGAAGGUAUACGAUUCCGUGAAAUUGUGCCUGCUGAUGAAAAUAAACUGGCAUUGAAAUCAUUGAACUUUGUGCCACGGUUUCAAUCAGUGCGUGACUUAAAGUGGGGAGGAGAGUAUUACGAGCCACUUCAGCAAAAAGUAAGCAGCAAUUGUGGUAUAGCCUUGAACAGUGCAAAAAUUGGCGACUUAGAAUCUCUUCGCUGGAUUGAAACGACUAGUUGCAAGGGUUCCGGCGUCCCAGUCAAGGUACAUUUUGCCGGACUCAAUAUGAAUGACGCCAAGCGAGCUUACGGUGAGAUACCAUUCGACGUAAACAAUACGAGCGAGAGCUACUAUGGAAUGGAUUUCAGUGGGACGAUUGAAACCGGACAGCGUGUUAUGGGCGUGGUGCGAGGGGGCGCAGUGAGUGACCGCGUGUUGGCGCAUCCUGAGCUGAUGUGGCCGGUGCCAGACCAUUGGAGCCUGGAGGACGCAGCCACCGUGCCACUGCCUUACGCGCACGCGUUCUAUUGCCUAUUCAUUAAAAGUAAGCUGAAACAAGGAUCAAGUAUCGUCGUCCAUGGUGGCGCUGGUGCUUUGGGGCAAGCCAUCAUAUCCAUCGCAUUACAUAUGAAAUGCGAAGUCUUUGUCGCCGUCAGUGAUAUAAAAAAGAAACAGUAUCUGCAGAAAUUAUAUCCACAACUAAAAGAGGAUCAUAUUGGAUGUUCGCGGGACAAUAACUUUUCAGACUUAGUGCUUAGUCAUACUAACGGAAGAGGAUGCAGUGUCGUAAUAACGUGUGGACAGGGUGAAAUUAAAACGGCUUUUCUGAAAUGCUGCGCACCCGAAGGGUUUACUUUAGACACGAGCCCACUCAAAAGUCAGGAAAACUACAUGUUUGGAAUGAGCUACAUGAUGGGAGCACGAUCGUAUAUGAGCAUCGACUUCGCAUCUAUAUUUGAAUCUACAAAUAAAGCCGAAUGGAAGAAUCUACAAGUCAUGGUAGCGAAAGGUAUCCAAGAUGGGUAUGUACGCCCACUAUCACGCGUGACCUUUAUGCCAGAAGAGGCGACCCGUGCAUUCCGUUUGCUAGCUGCUAGCCGUCAUUGUGGAAGAAUACUCCUACGCUUGCAGCCAGCACUUCCGCAACCGGAAUGUCCCAGACUCGUCUGCUCACCUGACCAUUGUCAAAUGUUGAUAAGCGAUGAAGAAGGACCAGCGAUUCAGCUAGGCGACAGGCUGAUUAAACGUGGUGCCAGAACUCUGCAUUUUCACCUACCAACCCCUCUAUCAAGCCACUUACUGAAGACUUGGGAGACUUUAGGUGUCAAUAUACAAAUAUCAACAGAAGAACUUACAAGUAGUAAGGAUAUAAGUAAUUUGUUGAAUGAAUGUUGGCGCAUGGGCCCAGUAGAAGGCAUAUUUGUGCUGAUAACUAAGACUCUCAACAAACAAAAACAGAAAAUGUAUGAAACUUUGGUAGAUAAUUUGGAUCUAGCGGCUAGAAAAACGUGUCCAACAAUGAAGUAUUUUGCUGUCGUCGGCAUCAACAACUUUGUGGGCCAACGUGUAUGUCUUUCAAGAGCGAACCAACGGUUGCCGGCAAUGAUGCUUCGAAUACCACAGGAAUUGACAGAUACAAGGCCAAUAACAAAUGCCGUAGAACAGGGUCUAUGUUCACAACAAAGUGCUAUAUUCGCACACACUCAAGUUACAACAAACAAAACUCUCCUAGACCAAAUUGCUUCGAUAUCUGGUAUUCCAAUUUCAAUAAACACAGUCGGUGGCGAUGGCAGUGUUCCAACAUUGCAAGAUUUAGGGAUUUCGUCAGACAAAGCACGAGCAGUGUCUAUCUUUUUAAGAGACACUUAUAAUGUUUGCAUCGAUGACGACAAAAUACCUUUUUCGACUGUAGAAAAAUUAAGAGACAUCGAGGAAAUGUCAAAGGAAUGCGAAUAUCCACCCAAAGAAGGUCUCGAUGCUCUAUUCACAUAUGUCGACCCAGAUGAACUACUGGCCACUGUUGAGUUUAUGUCACCUCCCACGCAUUCACACUGCAAUCAAUUGAGAGGCGACGAGCUGGAUAACCAAGCAACCCUGCCAUUCUUGUGCGUGAUUCCUGGACUGGAGGGGCAGCAUCAUCGCUACCGGCUGAUGUGCGAGCGACUUAAGUUGCAGGCCUUCGUGCUACAGCCAGGUCUCGAUAGACCUGGGGAAUCUAACGAAGAAUUGACAGCGAGAUAUGUGAAGAUUAUGUUGAAAAAGAUGAACAAAAACAAGAGAUUCUACCUCCUAGGCUACGAAAUGGGAGUACUAACGGCACUAGAGAUGGCAGCUAUACUGGAAGAUCAAGGUAUGACGGGUACGGUAUUUUGCCUGGGCGGUGGUCCGGAGGACUUCUUGGCCGCGUUAGAGGAGCAGAUCGAUGCAACGUGUGCUGGCGAGGGCUCAGAGCAAGUGCUACAGGAUGCAGUGGCACGGCAUAUGUGCGCGCUAAUGGGUAGCGCCUCUACGCAACUGGAGACCGAGCUACGCAAUGCUAGCACUUGGCGAGAGAAGGUGGAUGUAAGCGUCAGCGUCCUGCGCGGACGCGUUACGUAUUCAGCUCAAUAUGCGCGAGCGCUGAUCGAGGCUGCGUACGCGCGCGUGACGCUUGCGCGUAACGCUAAAGCGCGCGUACAAGCGACGCCACGCGCGCUCCAAUCCCGCGUAGUCUUGCUACGCUCGCCAACUGCAGCCUCCGCCUCCCCGCAUCCACUACAGCGUUACACGCAUCUCCCGCUCGCGAUACACGACUUGCGCGCACCGCUUGCCCACGCCACUGAUGAUUUACGCGUAGCGGCCAUCGUCAACCAAUAUCUAGACGACGAGGUUCUCCAGGAGUUUGAAAAUAAAAAUCUUUGUGAAACAUAUCUACUGAAUGCCGAUGUCUUCAUGACUGCCUAAAUGUGUAUGUAGGCGUAGGCUAAAAUACACAAAGUUACAAUGUGUUUUGGUU